CAGUCGGGUAGUCAGGGUUACUUCGACAACAAUACACCAUCGUCACUGACUAAGUUUUUUGUAUAUGAACUUGCAGAUACCUUCAAAAUCGCUGUACUAACCAGUCUGCUUCCAAACUGUUAACAUCAUGGACGACCAAACGGUCGACAAAAUUUUCGCUGGCUCUUUGGGCACCUUGCCCCCAGUCAGCUCCAAAAUUGUCCGUAUCUUCACCAGUUCCACCUUCACAGACACUUCGAUGGAACGAAACACUUUGAUGGCCACAGUCUAUCCCAAAUUAAAAGAAUAUUGUAGGGAAAAGCACGGAUUAGAAUUUCAAGUUGUUGACAUGCGAUGGGGUGUUCGAGAUGAAGCUACCGACGAUCACAUGACGACAGAAUUAUGUAUGAAGGAAAUUGAAAACUGUCAACGUCUGUCAAUGGGACCCAACUUUGUGGUCUUCUUAGGACAAAAGUAUGGCUACCGUCCCAUACCAACUUAUAUUUUAGCUUCUGAAUUGGCUCAAUUUCGUGAAAUACUUUUGACCAUGGGUCAAGAAGUUAUAUUGCUCGACACGUGGUACAAAAAGGAUUCAAACGCCGUGCCUCCCAUUUGCAUUCUCCAGCCUAUUUCUUCCAUCCUGGUCAAUUUCAACAACAAAAGGGUACCGAAGCUGCAACAAGAAGAUCAAGCCAAAUGGUGGGAUACCCUGGAUCGAAUGCAGAAACUAUUGAGAAAAGCUGCCACCACACUCUAUGCUCAAGGGCAGCUGGAUUUUGAUUCAAUGCACAAUUACUUAAUGUCUGUCACUGAAAGAGAAGUCAUCAAUGGAUUAUUAAAAGUGCGAAAUACCAAGAAUCACGUAUUGGCCUACGUCCGUUACAUCAACAACAUAAACCUUCAGAAUUUGAGAAGAGCCGGUCUUUUUAUUGAUAUCGCCAAUAGGGCUCUAGAUGCUGAAGCCGUUCGCUUAUUGGCCAAUCUCCGUGAUGAACGAAUGCCCGCUAAAAUCGAACCGUCCAAUCUUAUGAGAUACACGGUGGAGUGGAUUGGCCGUGAUGGGUUGGCAAACGACACACACGACGAGUACCUUCAGAAUUUUAUUUCUCAUUUUUACCGUAAUAUUGCGCGGUUAGUGGAUCGAGCUAUGCGCAAAGAAGAUUCAAGCCCUCAAGGGCAGAUAGUUACCGAAAUCCUUCAACAUCUUCACGCCUGCAAUAAUUCCGUCAAAGUCUUUUACGGGCGAGAGAACGAUCUGGAAAAGGUUCGUCGCUACAUCCUGGGUCCUUCUAUUCAGCCGCUCACUCUUUUCGGAGCCGGCGGAUGCGGCAAAACUUCACUAUUGGCUAGAUCUGGCAGUCUCAUCAUCACCUGGCUGACUGAAGCUCAGGAAAAAGACUCAUCUUCUCCUACGGGGGAUGACGGAAGCAACCACCCUCCUCCGCCUACCGAUAACCGACGCCGUGGAAGUAACAUCAACGGGUCGGGAGAAGGAUCGAAUACCAAGAAAGGAGGUGAGACGGAUCGGAGUAACAUCAACGGGUCGGGAGAAGGAUCGAAUAACAAAAAAGGAAGUGAAACGGACCGGAGCGAAAGCAGCAGUAAAACCGAUAGCCACAACGACGCUACCAAUUUCUUGAAGGAAGAAGAAAUGUCCCGUCCGGAUUCCGGAAGAGCCAGUCCAAGUCAAGGAACCGCUUCCGGAACAUUAAGUCGGAGGAGCAGCACCACCUUGUCAAGACAAGAAUCUGACGAUACAGGAUUCACAGCAAGUGGUGCCAGUAGUCGUCGUCAAAGUUCCAGUGGCAUCUUCAGCCCAGUUUCCACCAUGACUGACGGUCGAAGUAGCCAUCGAGGCUCUAUUGCUCUUAGCACUCCAAUACAAGAGCAUCCAGAUCCGGAUCCGACAUCAGUUCCGUCGACUAUCAAAAUUAAUAAACCAAUUAAACCCGUCCUUAUCAUGCGCUACCUUGGGACGACACCGGAUUCCAGUGCCAUCACACCCAUGUUAAUUUCACUUUGCCAACAAAUAUCUUAUAACUACAUGAUCCCUUUUGACGCCAUUCCGGACGACUUGGUACCACUGACAGCAUAUUUCAAACAAUUGCUGGCGUUAGCUACAAGAGAACAACCGCUUCUCGUUUUUCUCGACUCGGUGGAUCAAAUCGGUGGAGCUCAGGAUGCCAACAAGAUGGCUUGGUUACCAACUCGUUUACCUCCCUUCUGUAAAAUCGUUGUCUCUUGUGUCUACGAACCGGAAAAUCCCGAAAUUUCCAAAGACUGUCAGACCUUACGUCGAAUGAUUGACGAAGAAGAUAACUUCAUUCAUGUUUUGGCUUUGGGUGAAGAGCUGGCCUCUCAAGUCAUCCGACAUUGGAUGCGCAACAGUCAUCGUGAUCUGACAAAUUAUCAGUGGCGUGUCGUGUCAAACGCUAUCGCCCGAUGUUCGCUUCCGAUUUUCGUCAAAUUGGUUUUCGCCGAGAUCUGCAGGUGGAAAUCGUAUUCACGCGCCCAGGAAACGCAUUUGGCUUCAAACGUUAUGGACAGUAUUAUGAUGUUGUUCGAGCGAAUUGAAAUUCAGCAUGGUCGCAUUCUGGUGUUUCACGCCUUAGCCUACAUCACGGCUUCAAAAAGCGGAUUGUCGGAGACGGAACUGGAAGAUCUGCUGUCGCUGGACGACCGUGUGCUUGACGAUGUGUAUCAGUAUCACAUGCCGCCAGUUAGGCGAAUUCCACCUCUGCUGUGGACGCGCAUCCGCAAUGAUCUUCCCAAUUACCUGUCUGAAAGAGAGGCUGAUGGAGUCUCGGUUCUCAAUUGGUACCACAGACAAUUUAAGGAAGCGGCGAAGGAGCGUUACUUCAAGAACCAGAACUUGGCUAUUUACUUCCACUCUUCCAUAGCGGAAUAUUUCAUGGGCACCUGGGGCGGUGGCAAUCCCAAGCCAUUUAAAUACACCGAAAUUCAACGAAUGCGAUUUAAUUUAGCUGAAAAAGAAGGAGAAGCCGACCGCAAAGUUCCACUCCAGCCGCUGGUAUUUGUUGGUAAAGACGGCAAAGUGUCUCGCUACAAUUUGCGCAAGUUUGGAGAGCUGCCGUAUCAUUUGGUUCGUGCCAGGAGAUUGGACGACCUUUUCCAUAACGUCUUGUUUCAUUACCAGUGGCUCCAUGCCAAACUGUCGUCCUGUCCACUUCAGGCCGUUUUAUCUGAUUUUGAAGACACAUGCAACAACCUCGAGGAUCGAGAAAUGUCCAGAGAGACUGUCCGCCUAACUACAAGGGAAUUGAUGCUUGUAGCCGAUGCUCUGCGUCUUGGAGGAGCCAUUUUAACGCAAUACCCUGACCUGCUGGCUUCCCAAUUAAUUGGUCGCUUGCUGCCGGAAGCCGGAGCCAAUUUGAACGUUCGUCGACUUCUGGAACAGUGCGAUAAAGAAGGAAUCAACAACUGUGCUCUUAUGCCUACCGCCCACUGUCUCCACACACCUGGAGGACCUCUGAAAUAUUCGUUGGAAGGGCAUCAGUUUGCCGUGUUUGGUGUCUGCCUAACGUCGGACGCUCGAUUCGUUGUUUCCGUUUCCAACAAGUUUCUCAUCUGGGAUUUGUCCACUUCCGAUUUAACAAGAGCCGUCAAUCCGGGAAUCGAAGGUGUUUUUCAGGGUCUGAUACUCAGUCCGGACGAUCGCUUUGCUGCCGCUUGGACAAACAACAGUCAGACCAUCAUAUUGAACUUAUUAACCAGCGAGCAGAUUGUGAUCAACAAUCCACUCCAGGAAGACGAAACGGUCAGAGGAGCCUGCUUGCUCGACACGCACUGCGUACUGUACGGUCAAAGCCAGUGGGUGCUGUUGACCAUGCAGGGCGUUGCCGUUGAGAUCCGCCGUGAAAGGUGUCCGUUAAGUCAGCCGCAGUUCCAGCUUCUCUCCAUGGACUUUGAAUCGCACGGGAAAUAUCACGUUGUGUUUUGGACGGGCGACUUGGAUGACAAACGGUUAGUGUUGCAAACCAUCAACGACGGGCAGCGAACCAGUCCACUCGAACUCCACAGCGCUAUGGUGAUGAACCGGAAGCGCGAUAUUCUCUACACCUGCGCGGAUCUUAACAGUGCCAACGUUUCCGUCUUCAGAUUAAACAAAGAUCAACCAACAGGGAAUAAUAGAAAAGGUCGUAACUGCAACGAUGAAGAAUCGGGUCAAGCUGGCGGAUGGUGUAAAGGCAACAUUCUUGACGGUGAUGACUUGCUUCUUCAGUUGAGCUUAAGUGAAACGGAAAAUCACGUCUUGGGCACCACUGCCCUCGGUUUCUGCAUAUGGAACGCUGCAGAUUUUGAAAACAAGACGCCGAGUGCCAAAAGAAUUGAUUUGAAGUUACCCACCGGAGUCAGGAACAUCUCCGUCAGUCUGUUGCAAUCAAACAGCAUUAUACUCAGCAAAAACGACGAAUUCGCGGUUGCUGGUGUCAGGAAAAAUCUCUACGUUUGGAAAAUUCCUACCGGACAACUAGUCAAAGUCUUGGAUGCUCAUUUUGGCAGAAUAUUAGCCAUCGUGCCGUACACGAUUGGUCCGUGGAAUUCGGUCAUCACUUCUUCAAUCGAUCGUAGCGUCAAAGUUUGGAAUUUGAAUAACGUCUUCGAACAAGUUCACGUGAUCGAUCGUCACGAACUCCAAAUUGAUUCCAUAAGCUUGUGUCAAACAACCGGAGUGGCCGUGACGGUGACUCGUGGUUGCGUAGGGGUGUGGCACAUCCUAACAGGCAAACUAAUGGAUAAAUUGGCGUACAACGCUCUAGGAGCUAUCGUAACUCACGCGUUAAUCACACAGGACGGCAGACACAUUCUGGCAGCCGAGUCUGGUAGCAUAUUGAUAUGGGAAUGGCCGAAACGUCGCGUUUGCUUCCGGGCUGAACAGCCUUCCGUCAAGCAAAUUAUGCUCAUGGAGGAGGACACCAAAUUCUUAACGGCGUCUCGUUUAGGACCGGCCAACGAAGGAAAAGCUGUUGUGGUAGUCCGUGACUGCCCGAAUGGUGUGGCUUUAUACGAAGUGGAAAUUCCGGUGCGAACCUUCCGUCCAGCCAUUUUGACCAACGACGGUCUAAUGCUGGUUAUGCAGGGACACGAAAAGAAUCGCGACUACCUUUAUGUCUUCCAGUCUCAGACGGGCGUUCUGAUACACAAAUUCAUUCCGCGCUACCAGGGCGCUAAGAAAGAUCAAGCUGGCCUGCUGAUCCCUGUGCCCGGUAAGGCCACUCAAGUCGCUCUGAUGGACCAAGACAAAGGGGUUGUUUUCGAUGUCCGUACAAAGAAACACAUCCGCACCAUUCGUCGCUGGAGUGGCCAAGUGACCAAGGACGGCCGAUUAGGACUCUACGCUCCUUCAAGAGGCGGAUUGGAACUGAUUGAAUUGCGAUCAAGUUCGACCGUCUCCCAGCUCAUCUCUCGCUCGGCUGAAGGUGUCUUUACCAACGUGACUAGUUUCAACGCCACCGAUCAGUACGUGUUGUACUACCACAGCGGACACAAGACCCUGCGUGUAUUCCGAGUUCUUGAUGGUCAAAUGUUAGCCAAUUACCGGCUGGCAGCUGAGCUAACAGCCAUUGACACCACAACGGAUGGCCGAUGCGUAGUGAUCGGUACGCUGGAUGGUUGUCUGUCAGUUUUGGCCAUUGCCGAUCCAGCGGUGCCCGGAUCGUUUCAGUUUCUCGCGUCGUUACCGUCACGCACUCGACAAACGCGAAUUCCAUCAGCCGUCAGUGGCGAAUCGAGUCGUUCAGAUCAGGAUGGCGAUUCAAAUAAAAAGAACCGAAAAGGCGACAAAGAAUCCGGAGGUGGCUCCCAUAUCACGUUAAAAGCGGCCGCAACCGUAGCGGCUUCUUGGGCUAAAGCAACUCAAAUAACGAAUAAUAAAACUGGCACCGUCCAGAAAGUGACGUCAAAAGCCUGCGUCAUUUCUUAAUUGCACGUACGUCUGUAUAACAGUAUUCCGUAUUUUCCCUUUAAUUACUCCACGUUUAUUUUGAUUGUGCUUAAAGACACUAUACUAUAUGCCUUUUCAAAAAGAGGAAAUAAUGUAAGACUGUAUAAGCUGGAAGGAAGCUUUAUAAUUCUGGAACCGUCUGGAAUGCAAUAUUUAUGCCAUAUGUAUACUCUGUUCUAUUUUAUUCGACCUUCAAAGUACCGUGUAAAAAUUUUCUCGACGUCAUAUGCUGGAAUUUCUAAAUCACUUAUGUAAUAGAUCGCUGGAUCUAAUUCAAAGUGUCAGUUAUUGUUUAUUCAAGUUUCAAAACAAGAAGAAUUUCGUUGAAUGUUUUUUGCAGUAUUUCUUCUAGUCGUUAUCAGCAAACUCGUUUGUUUUGUUUUUUUAAAUAAAAAUAUUGAAAAACAUAA